UCCAUUUUCUCGUCCCACAGUUCGUUUCCUAGCUGUUCCCUACUUCUGGUCAAUUUGCUUCCAGAGCUCAACAAUGGCUGAAUCAAAGAUCGCUUCUUUCUCCAGCGUAAGUUCGUCUUCCCCGAACCCACAAAGUUUUUCCCCAGAAACCUACCAUUUCUCUCUCUCGUUUCGAAUACAAUUGUCAUCGGAAUUAGACUGAAAACCCUAGCGAGCAUCUCUGGGUAUUGGGGGGUUCUGCAGCAUUUCCUGUGUAGUUUCAGAGUUCUCUGAAAUCUGGGAAUUCUUCAAAUAUGGUAGUCAGUUUCGACCACUGUGGCGGAUAUCAGCGAUCAGAGCUCGACUUCCGGAAUUCUGCAGGGAAGCCUAUGAAUAGAGCAGCAGACUAGCAGAGUAAAGUUUUGGCAGCAAUCUAGCAAUGGACUCUGCUUCUCACACAACAGAAGCCUCUGAUCUCCUCACUCAGGGGCCCAUCCAGAACCAUCUCAUAGCUCUGCAACAGAAUCUGGAGCAGUCACUUGUUGACCGUGAGCAGCAUUUCAAGCAACUGGCUGCUGAAAUUGAGGCGAGGGCGAAAGCAGCAGCCGAGAAAGUGGCCUCCGGUGCUGCUGAGCUGCGGAAGGUUUUGGGAGUCGAGGACGUGACACCUGCUGGUACUCACUUUGGGAGGAAUCUGACAGGGAAUAUGGAUGACAUGCAAAGAGAAGGGCUUGUUGACGAUGGUUUUACCCCCCAGAAUCCUUUGGAGCAAUCUGUACAACACCACAGUACACAUCAAGGGAGGGUCACAGGCAUGGUUAGAGAUGAACAGAGUCGUCGGCAUGGGAGAAGUCGAGAUGGAAGUCCAACUGACCAUGUCAGGAGAACAAGGCUAGGCAGGGAUAGGUCAAUGGAUAGAACAAGAAGAGGAAGACACUCACACCAGGAAAGGAGAAGGAGCAGAAGCAGGGGACGAAGCUCACGCCGAAGCAGAAGCAGGGAGAGAAGAUCAUGUGUGGGAAGGCGGAGCAGAAGCCGAAGCAGGGAGAAGCGAUCACGUGUGGGAAGGAGAGGCAGAAGCAGGAGCAGGGGGAGGCGAUCACGUGUGGAGGAGGGCAGGAGAAGAAGCAAAGACAGGAGCCCACAUCACGAAAAUUGCCGGAACUCGGAUGUGAGCAGAAGCAGCAGGAAUGAAAGAGAGAUCAGCAUAAGGGAGAGGUCUCUCUCAAGCUCACGCUCUCGCUCUCCCAGGUAUGACAACAACGACAACCCUGUCUCCAGUAACAAGAAUGAUCCCUGGAAGGAGAGUAGGCAACUCCAUGAGGGUAAGCACCAGACUUGUCACACAGGUUGGAUGAAGUGGCCGAGUCUUCCUGAGGAUGGCACUUCCUGACCAUUGGCAAUUUGCCAGACCAUGACUGGUUGAAGAUCUAAAGACUGCUAGCAACUUUUGGCAUUGCGCAUUUUGAAGCCUGUGUCAGAUCGCAGCUCAGUUCUGUUAAGCUGAAUGCGACUGAAUUUCUGAGUUUUUAACUAAAAGCUUGUAACAUUGUAAUUUCUAAGAGCCAAGUUCUGUGUCAAGAGUAACGACUUCAGAAUUCCCUUGCAC